AUGUCGUACGGUGGACCCCCGCAGAAUCAAUACGGCGGCGGCGGUGCCGGUUACUAUGACCAGCAAGGCCAAGGAUACUAUCCCCCUCAGCAGGGUCAUUCCCCUCAACCACAGCAAGGCUAUUACCCACCAGAGGGCCAGCAGGCUUACGGUCAACCCCAAUACGGCCAACAUCCAGGACCUUAUGAUCAACAAGGCGGCCAGGGAUACCAGGCAUACCCCCAGCAGCACCAGCAGGGCCAAUACCCUCCCCAAGGCAGUCCUGGAUAUGGACAACAUGGACAGCCUCCCCAGCAACAGCAGUACCCGCAAAGUAGCGGCGGCGAGAGCUCCACAUACUAUGGUGGCGCACCUCCGCACCAGCAAGGACAACCUGGUGCUGUAGGACAGGAGGGUGACAGGGGCCUCGGGUCGACGCUGCUUGGUGGCGCAGCUGGUGGGUUCAUGGGCAAUAAGAUUAGCCAUGGCAUCCUUGGUACUGCGGGCGGAGCUGUUUUGGGUGCUGUUGGUAUGAACAUGGCAACUAAUAAGCUUGGGAAGGAACAGAAGAAGCACAAGAAAGAGAAGAAGCAUAAGAAGGAUAAGAAGGAUAAGAAGCACAAGAAAAGGAGCUCGAGCUCCAGCAGCUCCAGCUCGUCCUCUGAUAGCGACUAA